CAAGCUCCAAUGACGGAAGGUGGAAUAUAACCUCAAAAUACACAACGGAGCUGUCAAAAUCUCAGUGUCAAAUUUUAUAAAUAUUUGAGUUCUAACAUAUUUAUUGAUUUAAGUUUAUUUAUUUUAGAACCUAUUCAUCGUUUUCAACUUAAAUAUUUCUUUUUACAGUGCAUUUAUACCAAUGUUAAUUUUCAAGAGGAAUUAUAGUACUUCUGUUUUUUUUUUUGACAAUAGGAAGUGAUUAAGCUUAAUUUUGGAACUUAUUAUUAUAUUCAUCGCAUUUAUGAUUACCUCACUUAUCAAAUUUAUUAUAAAUACUAUAUAUAAUUGACUUCCCAAUUAUAUUGAGUAUCUUUGCUUACUUUCUUGGAUGAAGUUUUAAAUAGCUACCCUACAACAUAACAUGCUCAUGAUAUGAGGCUAUUGUAAACUUCAUUAUGGCUGAGCAACUUUCAAAUGUGACUGUUGUUAUCAUUAUUGCCGGAAGUAUUUUAACGUUUAUAUUACUUUUUAUAUUUGCUAAGAGACAAAUCAUGCGGUUUGCACUACGCUCGAGAAGAGGGCCACACGUUCCUAUUGGUCAUGGUGCUAAAAAAUCCCUGAAACGAGAGAUUCAUAGAAGAAUAGAUUUGAUACCAAAGAUUGCUUAUGAGCCGAGGAUGAUAAGUGAGACUGAUUCGCAGUACAUUCUUCCACCCGGAUCACAUUUACCGCCGUUCUAUUGCAGACUAAAGGCUGUUGAUGAUGUUAAACUUUUGGAAGCUGAAAUUACAAAGCAAGACAGUUGUCUUCAUAGACACCCCACUGAUAAUCUCAGAGCAUACCUUCUGAAUACCUUGGCAAUUCCGUUGAAUGGCUUGGGUCAAAGGAUGGUUCAUCAGUAUUGCGAUCUCUACGAACAUGCCAGACAUGACCCUAGUGAAUUUGGAGACGAGGAGUAUCAAGCAUAUCAUAGACUGCUUCUCAAACUAAUUGAUGCAGCACGAAUGCUGAAAUCCUAUUCCAAUACCAAGUCUAGUCCAAACAGAACGCCAGCGAGAAAAAAUCAAGAUAAAUGUAGGCAACUACUGGAAGCGAAACUAAAAGAGAAGAAAUUCGUUGAAGAAGAAAAUUCGAACAUCUCAAAUAUGGUGACACCUAUUGAUAAUAAUGAGACAUCUGUGUGACAGUGAGUUUAAAAUUAUAGUUCUCGCCAAUGAUUGAUGAAACAUCAAGAUACUUUUUGGUGAAUUAGUGUUAGUUGUAUUUUAAUAAUCACAUUAUAUUUAUCAUAGUUACCAUGAUCCAAUUUCUAUUUGUAUUAUUUGUAAUGCGUGUCAAUGUUAGGGGAUCAGCAAUAAACAUUUUUAUCGAA